UUGCGGCAGAUGCUUUAUUUAAAUCGUCUCGUUCUCGUGAUGGUCAUAUUUGAUAAAUUUUUCGUUAUUACAAAACCGUCAACCAUAUAUAAGCAACUCAUUUUUAAAAUGUGCUCUUUGAGUACAAUAACAUUAAGAUAAAAGUCGAAAGCAUCUUUUGAUUUUAUUGCAUUACCUAACUUUAAAGCUAGUGCUACUUUGCCAGCUUUAGCGUCAUAACAAAACACAAAAUCGUAUUUUGUUGUAAUUCUCGAACACUCUUAGUAAUUUACUGAAGUCCUGUAUUAAGGACUUAAUACCUUGAGUAAAGCAUAACUUCUAUUUCGUGACCAGUUACUUCGUUUGAAGUAACUAUUAUGGAUGAACUCGUCGCUUUAAACUCAGCUGAUGGAAAAACUGUUGACGCAAAGUCGGAUAAAUGUUACAUCUGCCUUUGUCCAUUUGAGAAGCAAACAGUGGGCUCAUUGGAUCAAUGCCAUCACUUUUUUUGUUUUCAGUGCAUCUACCAGUGGUCUCAGACAGCCAACACCUGCCCUGUAGAUCGGAUCAGCUUUGCUUUUAUCCACCUGAGACGGUGUCCUGGAGGGGACAUUCAGAAAAAGUUAAAGGUGACGCCACGCAGAAAUGACGAUGACACUGAAGACAACUGGAGAAACAUAGUAAUCUGUGAGGAAUGUGGACGCAGCGGCCGCAGGGACCGACUGCUGGUUUGCAGACUCUGUGACUCUGGGUAUCACAUGGACUGCUUAACGCCGCCUGUAGAUACGGUCCCUGAAGGAGAUUGGAUGUGCCCCGAGUGUGUGAUCACAUCUAAGAGCGCAGAGAGCUUUUUGGCAGAGGAGGAAGACAUCAGUGAUGGAGAAGUCACAGACCUCCUUGCUGACAUGGACCAAGCUCUGUCUACAACUAGCCGCCUCCGGGCAUCAACUGUGAAUCGUCCUAGCAACGUCGCAGAAAGACUGUGGAGUGUGAGGCUCCAGAGCAGAGGAGAAGGCACCAGUCUAUAUCGACGCCCCGAAACAUCAUGGCAUGUUCCUAAAUACCUGAUACGUGCAUCAAAGCCUCCAGUAACAACUGAAGGAUCUGAAAAUCUUCAACGUGUCAAUACGUCUUCAGACAAAAAGAAGAAGAAAAGAAGGAAGACAGUAGCUUGAAGAACCAACAAGCAGAGGAGGUUUUUCAACAUUCAGUGCCAAAUGUACCCAGAAAUGGUACCAGCAUAUGUGGCCACAAGAUGGCAGCAUUGUGUCAGGAUGUUAAAAAGUCUGAACCUGAAUGAGCCUUUUUGCUUAGUUUGAAUAAAUUUGUUAAAUCUG